UUUGCGCCCAGAGGCUGUUCGACACCCUCGGUCCGAUGCGGGGCUGCUGUUCCCGCCGCCCAGAGCCCGACUCUCCGCCUCCGUCCCCUGCGUCCCGGGCGGCGCGCGCCUGAGACCGUCCCCGCGUCCCCGCGCGGCGUCUGAGCAGCGGAGAGGCGGCGGGAGCAGCGCGGGACGUCGGCUCCUCGGCCUAGCGGUGAUGGGCUCCCCGCAGCGUUCCAGCCUCUGUCUCUCCUGGAGAAGAGUCCUGUGCAUCUUUUUCCUGCCAUUUAUUUCAUCAGGUUUUGCUCCUCGGGUGAAAAACAGAGAUAACUUUGUAUUUGAAAACGACCAGCUGAAGCCAGACCAGCACAGGUUUAACUGGUCGCACCUGACCCCGCUCAAGCUGAAGGACCGCUCGGUGGGGCUUCAGACUGAAGAGAGAGCAGGAAGGAACCCGUACUUCACGCUGGAGGGUCACGAGUUCCUCAUCUUCGGGGGCUCCAUCCACUACUUCCGGGUGCCCAGGGACUACUGGAGGGACCGGCUGCUCAAGCUGAGAGCCUGCGGCUUCAACACCGUCACCACCUACGUUCCGUGGAACCUGCACGAGCCGGAAAGAGGCAGAUUCGACUUCUCUGGGAACCUGGACCUGGAGGCCUUCGUCCUGUUGGCCGCGGAGGUGGGGCUGUGGGUGAUCCUGCGUCCGGGCCCCUACAUCUGCAGUGAGAUGGACCUCGGGGGCCUGCCCAGCCGGUUACUGCAAGACCCCGCGUCGCAGCUGAGGACCACGAACCGCAGCUUUGUGGAGGCUACUAACAAGUACUUCGAUCACCUGAUUGCCAGAGUGGUUCCGCUGCAGUACCGCAAGGGAGGGCCCGUCAUCGCGGUGCAGGUGGAGAAUGAGUACGGCUCCUUCUACAAGGACAAGGCUUACAUGCCCUACCUUCACCAGGCCCUGCUGAAGAGAGGGAUUGUGGAGCUGCUCUUGACCUCAGAUAAUACAGAUGCAGUAGUGAGAGGCCACAUAAAAGGAGUGCUGGCCACCAUCAACAUGAAGACAUUUAAGGAGGGCUUGUUCAAGCAUCUUUAUAAGGUGCAGAGCAAUAAGCCCAUUUUGAUCAUGGAAUACUGGGUCGGCUGGUUCGACACGUGGGGAAAUGAACACAUGGUGAGAAAUGCGGAAGAGGUUAAAAGCAGUGUGUCUGAAUUUAUCAGAUUGGGGAUCUCCUUCAACGUGUACAUGUUCCACGGGGGAACCAACUUCGGUUUCAUGAACGGGGCCACGCAUAUUGACAGGCACAGAGGCGUUGUCACGAGCUAUGACUACGACGCGCUGCUGACAGAGGCCGGGGACUACACAGACAAGUACUUCAAGCUCCAAGAGCUCUUUAAAUACAUCCUCGUCACCCCUCUGCCCCUCUUACCGGAGCCCAUUCCCAAGACUGUGUACCCCUCCGUGGACCCAUCCCUUUACUUGCCACUGUGGGAUGCCCUGCAGUACUUGAAUAGGCCGGUCAUCUCUAACAUUCCACUCAACAUGGAGAACCUGCCCAUCAACAACGGCAACGGCCAGUCCUAUGGGCUCGUGCUUUACGAGACGACCAUCUGCUCCGGGGGCCGGCUUCACGCUGACGCACGGGACAUGGCUCAGGUGUUUUUGAAUGAGACAAGUUUAGGAAUUCUGGCUGAUGGUUUCCAGAACAUAGACAUUCCUAAAAUCACGGAAUGUCAACUUCUAAGGAUCCUGGUAGAGAAUCAAGGACGCAUCAGUUUUUCGUGGAAAAUUCAAAAUCAGCAGAAAGGAUUAAUCGGACCUGUUACUCUGAAUAACAUUCCCCUGCAGAGUUUCACCAUCUAUUCUCUAGAAUUAAAAAUGAGCUUCUUCGAGAGGCUCCGCUCUGUCUCCUGGAAGCCUGUCCCGACUCGCUCCCUGGGCCCUGCCUUCUACCUGGGCACCUUGAAGGCGGGCUCUUCUCCCCAGGACACCUUCCUGACGCUCCCAGGCUGGGAUUAUGGAUUUGUGUUCAUCAAUGGGCGUAACCUUGGGCGAUAUUGGAACAUUGGGCCUCAGGAGACCCUUUACCUUCCUGGUGCCUGGCUCCAGCCAGAGGACAAUGAGAUCAUCGUGUUUGAGAAGAAGCAGCGUGGGCCAUACAUCCACACCACAGACAACCCCAGGUGGUAGGACUGGGUUCUGACACCCUUCUUGGCUUGUUGGAGUUCAUGCACAGGCAGUUUUUCAGGAGGAAGGUUUACAUCAAGAAUAUCAAAUACAGUGUUGCCUACAAUAGCAAAAAUGUGAAAAGACCCUAAAAAAUCAACAGAGAAAUUGUUAUGUAUA